CUCUCUGGAGCCUGCUACGUUAGCCUGUAGCUCAAACUGAUUUUUCUCGUAAUAACACGUUUUCCUGCGUACACGUUAAAGUUAAAAGGGAAACAUAAUAGGAAAAUAAAAUAAAAAACCUUAGCUGGAGGCAAUUUGGAUGUGCCGUGUCAAUUCAAUUACGCUCAGCGCUACAGUAUCUUGCUGAAGAUUAGGGCAAUCCGGGCAAUGAGAAAAUAUUCCAGGAAAAAAUCGAACCCAUUUUUAAUUGACAGAUGAGUCCAGGCAGGCGCGGACCCCUGGCCGAGCCAGGCGACCGGCCCAGCGUCACCGUUACCGACAUGGACACUGUGCAGGAGGAGAACGACAACGACAGCGACGAGUCCUCAUACUCGGACAUCCAGCGGCUGCGCGAGCGCACGCACGCCAUGCUGAACCCGGCGUCGGAGCCGCUGGUGCAGGCGCACUCGCAGCCCAACAGCCGCCGCGUGUCCAGCGACAUCGACGCCAAGCUCGCCGCCAACCUCAACACCAGGCGACCGUCGGCGAUCAUCGCGGCGUUCCGGCGUCCGUCGCAGGCGCUGGCGCUGUGCGCGGCCACGCAGCGCCGCUUCUUGUCUGAGCUGACGCCGCAGUCGCGCGCCUCCAUGGCCUCCACGCACGAGCAUCCACCUUCAGCCGCAGAGAUCAUGGGACACGAGGCUCUGAGUAAAGCCCUGUCCGCACUUUACGCGAAAUUACUGGUGGUGCUGGGUCUCGCGUUCCCGGUCACUGAGGUCAUCGCCAACGGAGUUCCUGACGCAUAUUAUCAGGGUUUCUAUUUAUAUCUGUAUCUAGUCUCAGUUAUUUUCGUCAUAUUUCAAUACGCGAACCUGAUGCGUCAGAAGGCAGUUAAUACAAUUAUUCAUGACUAUGAGGAAACGGAGGAGAAAGAUAAAAAUUUAAAGCCGGGGACAAGCGAAAAACCCAAGCAUAAGGAAACUAUAUCGCGCUACGGCAGUUUCUACUUGAGGCUUGGAGCCAUUGCAUUCGGCAUCGGUUCCAUGGUGUACAGCGGUCUAGAGUUCGGAGAGUAUUUUGAAAUGACCGACGAUUGCCGAACUGUGCUGUCUGUCUUCACACCGGCUCUCCGCAUGGCACUAACCCUGCUGCAAAUGCAGUUCAUCUUUCUCACAAGUAAAGAGAUCGAAUCGGGGUCUCACAAAAUGAUCCAACGGUUUGGGUUCAUGCACAUGAUAGCUACGAACCUGUGCGAGUGGUUGUACGUACUGGUGGAGGAGACGAAGCAUGAGAUACACCACCUGGAGCACGCGAUGGUGGCCCGAGGGAACGGGACCCACAGCAACGGCACUUUGGAGAUACCCUGUCGAAGAGCUAACAUUAUGGGCGCGCUGCUACAAAAUGCGUCGCCGUUCUUGUUUCCUUGCACGAUCGAGUAUUCGUUGAUCGUAGCUGUAAUUUUAUAUGAAAUGUGGAAGGAGGUCAAAUGCACCCCUGAAGAUUUCGAGAAGAAAUUUCAUAUUAAUCCAAGAAAUAAAUCAAGAGACAAUUCUGUCACUCCUGAGAAAAUUUUGCAGCAAUUUGCUGGUAUGUUGGGCGUGGGCUCCCCGUACGGCAGCCGUGCCGCUCUGCACCAUUUCUCCGUGGACUGCUCCCACGCACAUCGCGGGCUCUUCUCCGGGAUUCUGGUGAUCGUGGUCACCAUCAUAUCCCUCAUCAUGUUCUUCGUGCUUAGUACUAACCCGGCUACGAUCAACGAUGCAAUAUUUCAAGUUAAUAUAUGCGAGUUGAUCCUGUAUACUAUAACUAUAGUGGCGUGCCUUGCGGCAAUAAAACAGAUGAGAGUGCUUCCUUACAAACGAAAAUCUCGAGCCGUACUACAACUGGACACGUCGCUGCUGAUCCUGGCACAGUCGGGCAUGUUCGUGUACUGCAUGUUCAGUCUGAUCGGCUGCCACCACACGCUGGGUUCCGGCAACAGUGCCGGCCUCACGGGAUUCUUCUCCGAGUUUCUAUCGCUCAAUCAGACUAUACUGCAGUCGCUCUUCAUAAUCGACGCAUGGUGGAGGCGAAGUACUACAUCGGAGCAGCGGCGGGACAAGCCGGGGCGCCAGCUGGUCACCUUCCUGCUGGUGGCCAACAUGGCCAUGUGGGCCAUCAACACGCUCGAAAAGAAUCGUGCUGAAUUCCGACCAGCUCAUUUGGAUUUCUACGGUCCAUGGGCCUGGACCAUCAUCACGCACGUCUCCAUGCCGCUGGCGAUCUUCUACCGGUUCCAUUCGACAAUAUGCCUCUUCGAAAUCUGGAAAAAUUGCUUUAAGAAUAAGCCCCUAUAUCUUAAUGUGUAGUAAAAUUGUAAUCGACAGUACAGCGAAUUUAUUCUUAAAGGGGUGUGCAAUUUUACAACUGGGUGUGCCAGUGUACCUAUUGAAAAUAAUGAUCUUACAACAUUAUUUUAUUUAUUAAUCAAUUAAUAAUAAGAAAAUGGGUUGAGUACCAACCUACCUGCCUAUACACGGUGUAACAUGAGAAGCCCGAAAAGUUUUAACCAGGCAUUUUUGACUUGAAAUGUGACUAGGGUCACACCGUUAAAAUCAUUCGGUUUUCUUAUGUUACACCGUGUAUAAAGCAUAACUAUUUAUUAAUAGUGACAAAGGUGGCAAGUAAUAUAUACUUCAGAUACUACGUUGACUUCGAAUAAAUGUCACAAAAAACAGGAUAUUGUUACGUACAAAAUAAAACACACUUAAAACAUUACCAAUGUUAUCAUU